CUUAUUUGGAAAAGUAAACGUGCUUUCAUUUUUCUCAAUAAAUAUCUACCUAAAAUAGAUAAUAUGAACAUCAUGCCUUCUGUUCUGCUGAACACUCGAGUGAAAUUACCAGAUGUUGCGUUCUGGAGACUGACCCAAUGCACAAAUCACUGGAUGAAUAUUCUGUGGAUGGAAGAGCAAUCGUGGACAAUGGCGAAGGAAUCCAAAAACGAAUCGAACUCAACCGUUGAGCGAGAACGCUUCGACGUUGCGCGUGUUACUUUCCGAAGCCUUCCGGACUGUUCCAGGGAGGAUCUCCAUAAAGUUUGUAAACUAGCACGAGAUCGUAUUUCCCCGUCGACAUUUCCGGUGAUUCAUUACAAUGAUCAUUCGGAACCACGGUUCAAUAGCUCUAAUGUGGCAAGUUUUUGGCUCAAUGAUGACACGUACUCCAGUGUUCAGAUUGAAUCGUCAAUGGCCGAAGUCCAAAAUUGGAUCAAUUUUCCGGCGAUUUUCGUGAUUGAAUGUGACACGGCCGAGAUCUAUCCGAAGUUAUUUGAGGCAAACAGUAAGAGUUUCUGUUUAGCUUGCUGCUCUCUGGGUUCUUCGGCGUAUUCAUCGCUAACGCCAACGGACUUAUUCAGCUGUUUGCUGUCAACACCCGUCCAGGUGGCUUACGAUUGGCACUUUAGUGGAACUGGCCGUAUUGCGGCGCCGAUUCCAGGAGAUCUGGGAGAUAAAUAUUCACUGUACGGUCAGCUAGAGUGGAUCUUGACAAUAACAACAGAUGCCAUCGCUAGAUAUCGCUUUUCAACAAAGCUUUUCGAACGGUUGUUCCACAGUGAUCUGUUGGUAGCGACUUUAUUCCGCCGAUUUAUGCUUGCGGAAAGAAUUAUGAAGAAAUUCGGAUGUAUCCCGGUAUCUUAUCCCCCACUUCCAGAGUCUAGUGGCGAAGAAAUGUGGGUUCUGUGGGAUCGCGCAAUGGAUCGAACGAUUGAACUAGCUCCCGACUGUGACAAGCCAAAUUUCACUCUAAUCAACGGAUUCCUAGCGGAUAUCAUGGAGCAUAUGAAACCCAGAUACACAUAUUUGAUUGCAAAGGUGCUGACGUAUUCCAAAUAUAAUUCGGACUAUUUUGAUGUUUUCAAUCAAUGUUGGGAAAAUUUGUCCGGCAAACCACAUCUACAGGAUGCAAUCACGAGAGAAAUAGUCACAUGUCUCAAUUCAGUGGAUCAGAACCUAUUCGAAAAGAUUGUAAUGUUCCUUACCAACAUUCUGUCCACGAAACUAUCCAAAGUGUGCCACCUGAAGGGUCUAUCAGAAGUUAAUCUACUCUCGAAGCUACCGAAAAAUUCAGAUAAUGACUUCUGUUUGAGGACAAUAUUUCUACAGCUAGUCGUAGAAAAGAAUUUUCCAAGUAGCGCGGAUAGCAAACAAUUACUGACCACAUAUUGCUCAAAGCUCAUGGAUCAUCCGAACGCAGACAUUCGAAUGGGGAUCACUCUUCUUGCGGCCCUGCUGGCGAAAGGGAAGUCAACACUGGUUGAAAUAAAUGUUGAACGGCUUUUCCGCAAUCCGGAGCCUAGAAUGCGCGCUGUUGCACUUGAGGCUUGGGCCAUAGCUAACAAGAACUCGGAUGAGAAAGACGGCAUCGUAGAUAAGAUUUUAUCCAUCUUCGUGGCCAAUUGUAGUCCGUUUCUGCACGGAGAACUGACGGCACAUCUUCGAUCGACCGCUGUCGGACACGUUCAAGAGUUGGUUUCCGCUUGCAAACAGGAACAAUCAAACGCGUCUGGAUUGAUGAACAACAAAAGCAAGUCUAAAAAGAAGCACAACAGAGCUCAACUGAUGGCCAAAUCAUACAAAGAGGCUGAGGUGGCCAAACUGUGGCGCGUGCUGAAUUCGCUUUCGGAAGAUCCAGAAAUGCACCUUCUAGUGUCCUUCAUCAGACGGAAGGCUACCGAAAACGACCAGGUUAAGAAGAAAGCCAGAAAAAGAAUUAUCGACGAGCUUAUGUUGAUACUGCCGGAGAGGAAAUCUUUUCUCGAAAGAUCAAUUCAGGGCUUUUUCGAUAGUUUUACUGUAACUGCUGCGGCUGACGAUAUGGUUGCGGAAGCUCAACACGAAGGAGUUGGAAGUGAGGCAGAGUUUAACGAUACGAGACAGCAUAACCCUUCGGUGGCUGCUCUCAAAGAGCGGAAAAGUAUUGUUACGCAGCACGCUCCGGAUCUGAUAGGAUUUGGACCCGGUGAGCAGUUAGCGAUCGCCUUCAGGGAUCACGUUUGUUGGCAGUCUUAUUCUGGAGAAAGUGCAAUCCUGAAAUCAACCGUCUCCACCGGCACAGACAUAUCUAACCACAUCACAUCGUUACUUCCCAACGUUCCACCAGUUUCCAACAAUCUACUGGUGGGCCAUAGCGAUGGUACAGUUCGUAUAUGGCAAACGACUUCGACCGGCUCGGUUCCUGGUUAUUCCUGGCAAGCACUGUACGGUCUCGAUGCUAUUCCUUCACCUAAAACAGCGAAGGUUCUGUUUGCCGCCUUCGGUGAAACACUGCUGUCGGCUGGAGCCCCCCGCUAUCUUCGCAUGUGGGACCUGGCGGAGGGAUGGAUGGUUGCGGACAUCGAUACCGGAACGGAUCACCCUACGACAGCUAUCGAGUGUCACUCACGCCAAUGUCUAGCGGUUGGUGCAGCCGAUGGGGGGGUUAGAUUGCUGGAUUUGCGUGCUUCUAAUGCCGCUGGUAAGAUGGCGGUAGUCGCGAAGCACCGAAGCUCGGUUCGUCGAAUCAGUGUACGACCUGACGGGAUGACCAUGAUGAGUGCUUGUUCGGAUGGAGUUUUCUACACCGUCGAUUUGAGGAAGCCGUCUGCUCCGCUGAAACAAUGGACAAUCGAUGGACAAGCGGUAGACGACAUUGCGUUCCAUAAAGCCUACGAUAUUGUGGCCUGCGCUGGGGAAUCGACCGGCGUCUACUCGACCGAUGGUGAGCUUUUGUGCGAUGUGAAUGCUGAACUGAAGAGAGGACCGUCUUCAUGCGUUGCCUUCCAUCCGAAUGACGCAAUGUUAUGCGUUGGAUACAAGGAUAAUACAGCAGUGCUGUAUUCGAGCGAGUGAUAAAAUGAUACAACGUUUCUAGUGAAAUAAAAUGCCACA